AUGUCGCCAAUUGCAGCUAGCGACUUGAAGGCUCCCCCAGCUAUUACCCAUAACUCGAGCGUCCAGGUCGUUCGCUCGACAAAUGCUCUACCUGCAAAUCUUUUGAAUGCUGCGAGAUCUACCUUGACCGAGUCCUUUGAUGCUGAAAAGCAUGUUUGCUUUGAAGCUCCCGGGAAGAUCUACAAGAUGGAAGAACUAGGAUUCCCGGGCCGAGGCAUUUCAGAGACUGCUGUUUCUGCGCCCUUCCCACUCUUUUCGCAAAGCGCAGUUGCACAAAUGCGCAAAGAGGUCUUCAGCCAACGCGUCUUGGACGAGUGCCGAUUCUCAUCCGGCUUCGUUAAGGAUACAGUGCGUGGCAUGAUGCCGUCCCGAGCCCCUUUCACCUACGACGCAUGGAAGUCUACGGAGGUCUUAGCGGCGGUAUCUGCAGUCGCAGGUGUGGACCUUGUUCCUGUCAUGGACAUGGAGAUCUCGGCUAUCAACAUCUCGGUUAACCCGACGACCGUAACUGAUGCCGAGAAGGCCGCAUCGAAUGAUAGAUCUGCAUUUGCGUGGCACUACGACAGCUAUCCAUUUGUCUGUGUUACGAUGUUGUCCGAUUGCACAGACAUGCAGGGCGGAGAGACUGCCGUUAAAACUGCAUCGGGGGAUAUCAUGAAAGUUCGCGGACCGGCUAUGGGUACUGCAGUGAUAAUGCAGGGUCGAUACCUCAACCACGCUGCACUCAAGGCGUUUGGUGGUAAAGAGCGCAUUAGCCAGAUUACCUCCCUGCGCCCACGCUUCCCGCUUGCAAAAGAUGAGAGUGUGUUGACGGGGGUCCGUCCUAUCUCGAACACGUCGGACCUUUAUACGCAGUGGACGCAGUACCGCCUCGAAAACUUAGAGGAGCGCAUCCGGGAGAAACUGAAAUCAGAAAGGACAAGGGAAAGCUUCAAUCGUCCUUUCGAUCUAGUAGCAACAAGAAGUUGGUUUGAAGAGAAUAUCGCGUACUUCCAAGCAACACUUAAGGAACUACAAGAAGUACAGUCCUAG